UUGCCUGCCUGGUCAAUUACUUUUCAAUUGACAGCAAGUUGACGUCAUGUAAGCCGUAUUAUAACUUUUCACAGUCAACUUACCGUCAUAUUUCGGCUGUAAAUUUUCGAUAACUUCCAUUCAGAUUUGCUAUAGGGAAGUAACGAGCCUCUAAAGACCGCGAAUAUUGUAUGAUGAUAAUUAAAACACGUUUAUUGACUUAAAUCUCAAAUUAAAUUAACAUGUGGCCCAUAUGAAGUCAUAGUUGAUUAAUAAAAAAAAUUUACAUUAAAAAAAUGAUUAUCAACAUCGCGGCUAAUUUUCGUAUACACAAAAUUGGAUUAUGUUUAUUCAUAGUAAUCUUAAUUUUCUUAUAUAUUUACGCGAUCCGGGAGUCACACAAUUUAACAUCAAAGAAAAGUAAUUUCAACAGUAUUUCCCUAAAAUCGCUACUGGCAGAUUCAAUUCGUGCAGCCGAACUUGGAGGAUUACAAAUAGUUGAUGUUCAUUCACAAGCCAAAGUUACAAUAGAGAUAAAAGGAAAAACAAAGGAAGGAAUUGAUGAUCUUGUGACAACAGCUGAUUACAAAUCACAUUGUGCUAUGUAUAGAUAUCUUUCAAUGUUAUAUCCAUCACUUACUAUAAUUUCCGAAGAACAAUCUAAGGAAUGUGAUGAUACCAUGACAAUAGGAAUCACGGGUAAUACCCAUAGCUUAAAAAAUACUGAUGUCGAGAAUGAUUUGAUGGUUAAUGCUGAUGAUAUCACAGUAUGGAUUGAUCCGUUAGAUGCGACUAAAGAAUAUACUGAAAAUUUGCUAGAAUAUGUAACUACAAUGGUCUGUAUUGCUGUCAGAGGAAUCCCAGUAAUAGGAGUAAUUCAUAAACCAUUUGAACCUAAACAAACUUAUUGGGCAUGGGCUUAUCAUGGAGCGUCGAGUAAUUUACGUAAAAAAAUAAAAUCAAAAUCAAAAAAAAACAUUGCUAUCAUUGUUUCACGAUCUCACGCCGGAAGAUUCCAUAAUAUUUCCAAGGCAGUAUUAGGUGACGAUGUAAACAUAAUUUCAGCUGCUGGUGCAGGGUAUAAGUCUCUUGAAGUAGCUGUAGGGAACGCUUCAGCUUAUGUUCAUGUGACGGCUAUAAAAAAGUGGGACAUUUGUGCGGGAGCAGCGAUUAUUAAUGCUCUAGGUGGAACUGUGACGUCAUUAUCUAAUGAACCUAUCGUAGACUUUGGAUCUUCUGAUUUACUGGUCUUCGAUCGUGGUCUUUUAGCUACCAUGACAGAUCAUUACUGGUACCUGAAUAAAUUUUAUAAAGCCUAAACAUUGUAUAUUCAUGAAAUAAAAGAAUUAUUUAUUAAUAAUAAAUACGCAUGGUAUUAGCUCUCCCAAAUGACUGGUUCGGAGAGAUUAGAGUCAUUUGAAACCUUAAAUAUUAAUAUUUUGAUAAUCAAUCGAAAUUAAAUUUAAAUUCUCAAUUUACAUAAUUAUGUUAUUAUUCGAUUUUGACAAUUUUCAAUCUUAUCAAUCAAAAUAGCACAUAAUAUUUUAAGCUUAGAUAUAAAACUUGUGAAAACUUGAUUAUUGAAGCUCAACCUACCCGGAUAAAGAAAAAUAAAUGUAAUUAUUGUAACGAGGUUUAUAAAUCCUCCUUAUCGUACUAUGAUAAUAGGCAGUUACCAAGGGUAUUUACCUCGUGUUACCUGGUUUACCCGCUUUAGUUUUACCUAAUUAUUAUUAUUAUUUAAUAAUCCCUCUCCAUUCGUAUUUUUAAUGGAAGGGAUGCGCAUCACGUCGACGCGUAAGCACCGACGUGAAUCUAUAAGAAGGCCUGCGCGCCUCUAAUUAUUCAGCUUUAUCUAAUUUCUCAACUUUAUUACCACUAUGAAUUUAUAAUAAAUACAGUUUAUUCCUUUUAA